CUUCGUCUGACUGACAUGCAAUGUUUGUUUUUAACCUAAUGUGUGUAACGAACCCAGUGAAUGAUUUUGUUGUUUUAUACACAAACUAUGACAAAAACCUGAUUAAAUCGCGAAAUAAAACAGCGCGCUUGGAUGUAAGGAGAGCAGAGACAGAGGAAACUCUAUGUAAUUCGUAUUACUAAGGGUAUGCUGGCCUGAUGCGGUAUGCUGAGCUGACAGAACACCGGAUAUAUUCAUAAUGAGGACCACCAUUGGCCCUCGGCCUGCCCUCUGACCCCCUGGGUUAAGGCUCUUAUCUGACCAGAACCCUCGGGCUGCUCCUCCUUCCUCCCACAGUCCAAACUAACAUCCAGAGCAGAUGAAGCGUUGGUGGUUGGAUGUGUUAAAAUUGACCAAUUAGCCAUAAGAUUAUGACUCCUGAUGGAUUAAGGAGUCAUGUGGCUCACAGUGGAACCUGGAAGAUGUCAAACAUAUUUCUGUUUUCAGGAGGAAAUUUAACAGUGGUACCAUCUGGACCUGGGAGCCCCAUCUCCAGCUGCGCCGACUCUCAGCCUGUUGUGGAUCAGCCCUGCUGCCGGGCGCUCUACUCCUUCAUGCCGAACCGGGAGGGCGAGCUGGACUUCAGCAGGGGAGACAUCAUCCUCCUCACCGGCCAGGUCGACUCCAACUGGUACCAGGGGAGCCUUGGGGGCCGAUCCGGGCUUCUUCCUGUCAACUAUGUGGAUGUGCUGGUGCGUCUGCCAUCACCAUGACGACCAGUCGUCUUCUUUAGCGAUGUCACACAAUAUGCACACCUUUAAGCUAGCACUUUUUGAUGAUUGAAUCAGGAGAAACAGGGUCAAAUGGCAGCUGAGGAUGGCUUCUGGAAAAUCCUCUUUUCCUUCAUUUUUUUCCUUUCAUAACUAUUUUAGGAAGAUGAGAUCAUGUUAAGAUUGUUAGAUGAUGCAUCAGAUCCAGCAGGGCCUGGUUUUAGGCUCCUGAUCCAGAAAUUAUCCAGGUUCUAUGUCUUAUAGUAAUCCUCUUGCCUUCACUGGGACUAGAAAAACAACCAUAUUUCCAGGUGUGUAAAAACCUGAGUCCACCCGUUGAUCCAGCAGCUGGUUGAAGCGCCCCCUUCAGGAAGAACUCGGCAGUGAUUUUUGUAUUUUCUCUGACUUACAGCUGUGGAAAAUUUGACCCAAAUCUCUUCCCAGCGUUGGAUCAGUUCUCAGAGGUUUGCAGAGACUCCAUCAGGUUGAGUUUAACUAGGCCUUUGUAAUGCCUUUAUUCAUUUGUUUUUCAGCCUUUCUGCCUCAGAUGUGUGGCUGUUUGAGGCCACGUUCAUGUCCAUCACCAAGCUUCAGCUGUUGGCCUCACGGUUUUUGGUUGGGUUAGGGUUAACCCUCCCAUACGGAGGAGUUCAUGGUGAACUUGGUGGCUGCCGCUCCCUGGGAUUUGAUGAUCAGAAAAAAAUUAAAGAGACAUCAAGUCUUUACGUGAUUGGCUGUAGUCUUAAAUGUAUCGUUUUCUCUCUAUAGAAUAAUUUACCUCACACGAUUUGGAAAUUUCAUCAUCCUUGUCAAAUUAAUGACCAGAAACGGCUGUUCCUCCUGGAUCCUCACUGACGUCUUUCUGACCUGCCUUGUGGUCAUCGCACAGCGUGCUCCACCAGCUGCUGAUCAGAGCAUCUGGUAUGAAGCUUCUGGCGUAAUCUUGCCUUCUGGAAAACCUGUGAAAGCAGAGAUGGCGCCUUCUUCCCACAGAUAGGAUUAUCUUCCUAAAUUAAAUUCCCCACAAUGAGGUGACUUCAGAGAAAUCCUGUACAAACCAGCAAACAUUGGACCCAUCAGUAAAUGAUGGAACCAAUUUGAUAAAAGCAUCUGUAGGGUUUGUGAGACACAUAAAUGGACUUCUGCUCUGAUUUCUUUCUUUUUUAUGUUUCAGUCUUCAAAUCAGAAUGUAAACUACCAACAUAACCUUUUGUUCAUUUGGGUAUUUGCUCUAAAGGGGAUCUGUGUGUCCUUCAUUCAGAAGUGAUUUUUGUAUUUUAUGAUUAUGGUUCACUAUAAUGUGUGUAACAAGGUGCGUUUAAAGGUCAAAUAACUUGAACAAGAAAAAAAAAGCAUCAGGUUUAAAGGGGUUGAGGCUAAAAUCAGGGAAACUUGUGGUUUGGAUGAUUGUAAAGGAAACUAAAUCACAGGGUUGUUCAGGUUUUUAAUUUUAGCUUUAGAGUCUAAAUAAGCUUCAUAGGUCACUUAGAGCCAGAAACUGUAAAUCAUGCACUUAUCCUGAAAUAUUGGACUGUCCCUUUAAGAGAAAGCCACAGAAUGUAUGUUAACUGACCGAAAGGGCAGUGAUGCAGUGAAUUUGUUUUGUAGAACUGUUUUACACUCAAUAAAUUGAACCACAUGAGCA